AUGUCCUGGCCGCGACCAGGCACCCGACUGUUGCAGUUACUUGGUCGCAACACUGGCUUCCUGCGCCAGUACUCCUCCAAUUCUCAAGCUUCAGAUAUCGCAUCGAUCUUGGCCGAACCAAGCUGGUCCGUUCGGUCUCUUCUUCCGAAAAGUGUUGCAACAGAGUCAUCUACACCAUCAGUCACGCCGAAACAACUCCGACACCUACUCCGCCUCUCGGCUCUCCCGCAGCCCACCACCGCGCAAGAAGAACAGUCUAUGCUCCAGACCCUUGAAUCCCAAAUCCAUUUCGUCAAAGAAAUCCAGCAGGUUGAUACAGCAGGAGUGGAACCGUUGCGCAGUAUACGAGACGAGAGCUCCGCGGCAGUGAAGGAAACAACCAUCGGGCUUAAACGCCUUGAGGAUGCAUUGGCGAAAGAACAAAUAAGUGGUCGCAGACGAAGGGUUCAGCGCAUUGAAUGUGAGAAGGCUCGUUUCCCAGAUGGCUUAAUUUGGGACAGCAAUGCGCUAGGCUCUGCGUCAAGGACAAAAGGCAAGUAUUUCGUUGUCGAGACUGGCAGCAACCAACCAUCCUGA